GAGAGAGAUUUGAAAAAGGGUGCAAUUUUGAUUACGUCAAAAUAUUUAACGGAACGUCAACGACCUAUCCAAUUCUUCAACUCCUCUGUGGUCGUAGAAUCCCCUACCCAAUAAGAUCUUUACACAAUCUGCACUUGUUCUUCCAUUGUGACCGUAUGUUAGCAGGCCGAGGAUUUAAAUUGGUUUAUUCAUACGAGGAUACAUCUUCUUCCGCUACAGUCGAUAACAGAGGCGGUGAAAUACAAAGCCCAAACUUUCCCAACAGUUACCCAAUUGGACGUACAUCGUGGGACAUACCUUCUAUACCAAACAAACUAACAACUAUCUCGUUUUUAGAUUUCGAAGUACAAGAUGAUUUUGAACAAUGCAACUAUGAUACUCUGAAAAUCUAUGAGGGAAAUUCAGAAAAUGAUACGCUUCUGAGAACACUUUGUACUCAAAAAAUUCCUAGCUCAAUAAGCUCCACUAACAACUUGCAUGUCGUGUUUAAUGCUGUUCAAACUUCUGGAGCACGGGGAUUUAGAUUCAUCUACACUUACGCAAACAUUGCCCCUAGUGACUCACAUAUAAUACAAAGCCCAAACUACCCGCUCAACUACCCAUAUCAAUCAGCUUCUUCCUGGACUAUACCUUUUGUACAGCGAAAGGUUACAACUAUCACCUUUUUAGAUUUUCAUAUAGAAAAACCACGAUCUUCCCAAUGCGACGACAAUAACUACGUUAAAAUAUAUAACGGGACGUCAGCAAGGGGCCAUCUUCUUCUAUUUGAAUGUGGCUAUAGAAUACCGAGUCCAGUCACCUCGCCCGUUAACCUUUACAUCGAAUUUCGUGCCAAAGGGCUGCACGGUGCACGCGGAUUUAAGUUAGCCUUCAGUUACGUUUAACGUGGAACAAAGACUGUAUUUCCGAUGCGACGAGGACAGUUUUCUCAACAUCUAUAACGGGACGUCUACGGGCCUCCACUGCUUCUUUCUGUGUGUGAGGAAUACAACAACAUUAGAUGAUCUUUUUCAUUUUGAUUAAAAUUUAUUGAUACUUAGAAAAACAAUACUCACAUGUUUAUAAAGUUUAACACACUUUUUAAAAUAUUCGGCAUUUUGGUUAGCAGAACCGUUUCAUGAUGCAUUGCGAAAUGCAACCAAUUUCAAUAAAUAAUUGUUAUUUGAAUUUAAACAUGUUCAAAACAUUUACUCAGCAAUUCACUUUGCGGAGAUGAAAUAUAAAGUAGCAAAAUUAUUCUUUACUGUAUUUGUUUCCUCUACCGUUUUCUUCCUAUUUGUUUAGCUUAUGUACACGUCGCGUCUGCUAUUUUUUUUUGUUUUAUUGCAUGUUUACUCUUGUUUUAAGAAAAGAUUCUUUCAUGUAUGGAUUUGUCUAAUUUUUUUGGUUUUUGGCAUUCUUAUUUUUCUAUACUGAUUGCAUUGAACUAUUUUCAAAAAAUGCUUUAAGAACCUAGGUAUAUCGAUACACAAUAUCAAUAACAAUAAGAUAAAAAAAAGAUAGAAACUUAUCAAUGUUAUAAAUAGUUACAUUUACAUUAAUUUUACGAUAAAUAUUUUAAUUAAAUUAACAUAAUUUUAAAUAUUUAUAUGGAUACGUUGGUAUGCUUGCUUAAUAAUAUAACGUAAUUUUGUUUUGUAAUAUUCAGAAGCUAAUCUACAAAUUCAAUUUUACAGAAAAUAAAAUGCAAGUUCUACUAAGAUUGAGAGUGGAUCAAUCAGUAGAUACAAAUUGUCACUUUUACAAAGGGAAUUGAUCAACUAAUAGAAAAAUAAAGAUUAAAAAAAUUAAAACUUCAAACGUGCAAUCUUAAUAGAUAAAGAAUAGUAAUAGUAACCUUACCACUAGUAGUAACAACGUAAUGUGUUACAAAAAUUUAAUUUAAGUCUCAUACACAGUUAAUGUAGGCCUACUUGUUUAAAAAUAGUAGUUUACAAUGAUGACCGUUGCCAUCAUAUUUUAACUAAACGACAUAUGCCCUAGAGAAAUCAAUAUGGUCUUUUCUACAGCUAAAUAAUAUUGCUCCUUUUAAUGAAUCAACACUUUUCUUAUUUUUUUCUAAUUCUUUUUCUUUUAAUUUGAUAAUUACUCAUUUAAUCAUGCUAAUUUUCAUUUAUCCUCUCUCAGUACUUUC